AUGUUUCGUCUCCCAACUGCGCACAGCACUCUUCGCCGAGCCCAAUAUCAUACAGUGAGCAAGGCCGGCAAAGUAGUGUCCACUCCUCCCCGACGAUGCCUUGCUACGGUCACCCAAGAUCCUUUCCAGCCAGUCUCUAGGCCUGCUUCUCGUGGCCCGCAAUGGUUUCCGUAUGAGGAGCACUACGAGGGCGUGAUAACGCGCAAGAAGACCGACAAGUCCUACCGUUGGUUCCGGAACGUCAACCGUCUUGCACAGGAGUUUCCGUACGCCCAUUCCGCCGAUGAACACAGUCGAGUAGAUGUGUGGUGUACCAAUGACUACCUUGGAAUGGGUGGUAACCCUGAAGUUAUCCAGACCAUGCAUGCAGUGCUGGACAAGUACGGAGCUUGCUCCGGAGGCUCUCGGAAUAUUUCCGGUCACAAUAAACAUGCUAUCGCCUUAGAAGAUACACUCGCACGGUUGCAUCACAAGGAAGCCUCGUUGUAUCUGAACUCAGGGUACACGGCCAAUGAUUGUGCGUUGACGGUCCUUGGUUCUCAGCUUCCCGGCUGCGUCUUCCUCUCCGACGCAUCGAACCACGCCUCGAUCAUCGAGGGAAUCCGUCACUCUGGAGCAUCGAAGAUGAUCUGGGGUCAUAACGAUCUCGAGGACCUGGAGAACAAGCUGAAGUCCAUCCCCAAGGACACUCCCAAGAUCAUUGUGUUCGAGUCUGUUUACUCCAUGUGUGGCACGGUGAGCCCGAUUGAGAAAAUCUGCGACCUCGCAGAGAAGUACGGCGCUAUCACCUACAUCGACGAAGUCCAUGCCCUCGGCCUGUACGGGCCACACGGUGCUGGCGUCGCAGAGCAUCUCGACUACGAGGCCCACCGCACAGGACGGCCACAGGGGACCGUCAUGGACCGGAUCGACAUCUUCGCCGGUGCACUCGGCAAGGGUUUCGGCACAAUGGGUGGGUAUGUCGCCGGCUCAGCGGCGCUCAUCGACAUGAUCCGAUCUGUGUCUUCGGGCUUCAUCUUCACCACAGCACAGCCACCCCCAAUCAUGGCCGGGGCUAAAGCGGCCAUUGACUUCCAGCGACGUAACCCCCAGAGUCGCAUGGAGUUACAGCGCAAUGUGCGGGCUGUCAAGAAGGCGUUCCGCGAGCACGGGCUCCCCGUUCUGCCCAACCAGUCACAUAUUGUUCCCUUGAUGGUCGGUGACUCGGCAAAGUGUCAGCAGGUCGCCGAUAUCCUGUUUGACGAAUAUCAGAUCUACGCCCAGCCGAUCAAUAAUCCUAGUGUUCCUCGGGGACAAGAGCGUUUGCGCAUCUCGCCGACUGCCUCGCAUACUCCCGCGCAGCAACAGCAUCUGCUGUCGUCGGUGGUGGAAAUAUGGGGUCGACUUGGAUUGCCUACUCUUCGGGACUGGGAACGGGAUGUGGACGGCAAGGUCAAGCUUGACUGGGAUCCUGCUCGCGUGGGGUCACCGGUGUGGUCUAAUGAGCAGCUGGAUGUGGCUCCCAGAGAGUUGCUGUUUGAUCCGAGCACAUCGUCCGUGACUCUUGAGGAUACACGUCUGGGGCAGUGA